GCAGACACGACUUCCCCCCGGAGCGACCUUGUCGAGAAAAGCGAAAGUCAAAACAAAGACGUGCGCCAUAACCCUGAGGAGGAGACGAAGAAGAAGGACCAGCUUAGCAACCAGAAGAGUCCCACACUUCCUGAGGUGUAAAGGAUCAAGCUCCUGACACCAUGGAUAUGGAUACGCAGCCACAAGGACAGCAAGCAGCAGUGCCAGUGUUCCAACCCCAGAAACCACUGCAGCAAGAUAUGGGCUAUAAUUCCCUCGCCAACUUCCAGAUCGAGAAGAAGAUUGGUCGUGGGCAGUUCAGUGAGGUGUACCGGGCGAGGUAUUGGCUAGAUGACACAUCAGUGGCCCUGAAGAAGGUCCAGAUAUUCGACUUGAUGGAUGCCAAAGCUCGGCAAGAUUGCAUCAAAGAGAUAGAUCUCCUUAAGCAAUUGAACCACCCCAAUGUGAUAAAGUACCACGCAUCCUUUAUCGAGGACAAUGAGCUGAACAUAGUCCUGGAGUUAGCGGAUGCCGGGGACCUCUCACGUAUGAUCAAGCACUUUAAGAAGCAGAGGAGGCUUAUCCCAGAGAGAACGGUUUGGAAGUACUUCGUCCAACUCUGCAGUGCGCUCGAACAUAUGCACUCCCGGAGGGUCAUGCACAGAGAUAUCAAGCCAGCCAAUGUUUUCAUCACAGCCACAGGAGUAGUGAAACUAGGAGACUUGGGACUGGGACGAUACUUCAGCUCCAAAACAACUGCCGCUCAUUCGCUAGUGGGUACUCCUUACUACAUGUCACCGGAGAGGAUACAUGAAAACGGAUACAACUUCAAAUCUGACAUCUGGUCGCUAGGAUGUCUGCUCUAUGAGAUGGCAGCUCUACAGAGCCCGUUCUAUGGGGAUAAGAUGAACCUUUACUCCCUUUGUAAGAAGAUAGAACAGUGUGACUACCCUCCUCUUCCCUCAGAUCACUACUCAGAGGAUCUGAGGAAGUUGGUAGAUAUGUGCAUCAACCCCGACCCAGAGAAGAGGCCGGACAUCACCUACGUGUACGACAUUGCCAAACAAAUGCAGAACCACACACAGGGCAGCUAAGCCCAAAGUUACACACCUGACCGCUUUGCAGAACUUCUCCUGACACCACCCCCCCGCUUUCAUGCUGGACUUGUACACAUCUGUCAGCUUUUAUACAAUAACUUACUCCAGAGUUUAGCUCCCUGUGAUAAGUAGAAAGUGAAACAGAUUUUUAUUUCCAAGGUGAUGCUCCAGUCUACGACACCACUGACUCCCAAACCAUUUCUGCCCUACGAUAAAGAUUAUAGAGAUUAUAAUUUUUUUGUCACACGGACCUCCCAUUCCUUAGGCUUCAAUGUUACACCCCUGAAAAUCAGUGUCUUGUAGCUCAUUGAUGUGUUUGUUGCUGUGGCUUUAAAAAGCAUGUCCAUUGUAUUUUCACAUAAGGAAGUAAAGCCAUAUCUCGGAAGAUUCUGUUUAAAGCAGAUAUACUAGAAAAUGUUCAAAUUAGCAAACAGGAGUGUAAUUUCCAGUGUUGCCUGCUGUCCUCAAAGCAAUUCAUCAAUGCAAAGAUUAUUAAAAAUAGCAUCUUUUGUUUUGAUGUGUCACGUGUUCAACAAAUGGCACAAAAAAAGUCAGUGAAAACUUUUAGAACGACGGUACCUCUGAGGUGAAUAGAUUCUCAAUCAUUGUCAGAAGAAGUGAGAGACGUAAAGAGCAAUAUUGACGGUUGUUGUGUUGCACUUUUAAAAAAAAUCCUGGUAAAAGAAGGCUGGAAGGGUGAUCCCGUCUAAUGAAUGUAUUAGGAAAGGAAAGAUCAUCUGCAGGGUAGACUUGAGAUGCGCUGGGGGAAGGAACAUGGGCAAAUGUCUCCACAACACUUUGAAUGUAAGUCAAGUCGACACCUAUGUAUUGUCUUUGAAAAGAUUCAGAGUGUCUUUUUUUCUUGACAGCCUGGAAGGAGUGGUAGAAACUGUUACACAAGCAGUUUUACAUCUGCUGUUUACCUUCGUCACCGACACCAGAAUAUCUCCUCCCCGGUGCAGCUUUAGCAACUUAUACUGUUAUUACAUAGUGUCAGGUUUAAAAACAAAAAAGAUAAAAUCACGAUAAAGUAAAGUAAAAAUCAGUUAAAACACGUAGUUCUCCAUCACAGUCCAGUGGAUCCAUUUGACCCACCAGCUUGUUAAUGUUGCUGUGUCCGUUUGCAGUGUUGUUAUGAUGUGUUGAAAGAGAUCAGUGCCUCGUGUAGCGUCCAUCUCAGCGCGCCUCCAUACCUUCUGUUGAGUUACCAAAGAGGAAAGUCACACAUAGAGAGAGCAGUUUAUAUAUACUGUAUAUGUGUUAAGAUAUUUUUCAUGAGAAGUAUAUCAGACAAACACAAAUAAAAGGAACAAGCACCAAUAAGGUUCAUGUUCUACUGUACAUGACUGAAGACGUUCCUGUAGGUUUAAUAGCGAAGGGUUUUAAUGACCCUUUAUUCAUUUGGAGGGAGGGAACGGUGAUAGAUUUUUUUCUUGUAACAGGAUAAGUUUUACACCAGUGGGUCACAAAUGACCAUCACUGACUUGCGCUGGUUUACAUAAUGACAGUGAUGCCACAUGGAAGGUACAGCAUGUAAACAAUAAUUGGUAACGCUUUAUUUGAGUCUCUGAUGAAUCGUCUUUUAACAUUAUCAAAUAGCCUGUUAACUGCUCGGUUGAAUUAUCGCUCAUGUUCUUCAUGUUUUUAGUUUUCCUUGUUUUUUUUAAUUAACAUUUAAUACUAUUAACAUGUGUUGAAUACAAAAUCAAAGCUUGUAGGAGCAAGAAAAUAAGUUAUUUUAUUAUGGUUAACAGAAUGUUUUGAUAGUGUGUUGCUACUAGUUAUAUUUUCUGAGACGUGCAAAUACAGUGUUUGCAAUUUUUGUUUGCAAUUUUCUUUAAUUUUUGCUCCUUUCUCUUUUAAUGCAAUGAUUUCUUUCAAAAAAUGUAAUUACUACCUUAAUUGUUAUUUCUCUUCACCCUCUGUGCUGUUUUCUCUCUCUCUCUCUCUCUCUCUCUCUCUCUCUCUCUCUCUCUCUCUCUCUCUCUCUCUUCACUCUCUCAACAAGCACAUCUGUGUUGCUCAAAAAACCUUUCAGUAUUGUUGUAAUUUCAGGGGAGCAAUUGCUUUAACGCACUUUCUAGACGUUUUAGUCGCUAUGCAGAAUUCCCUCAAUAAAUUGGUCGUAUUUUACAGCAAAAUACCAAAAAAUGAAUUCUCCGGUGGUCGAUGGGGAAAAAGCAUGUGAGCUUUGACUGUAUUUAACUAAAGCAUCUGUCUUUUCUAAGAGCUUCAAUGAUUGAUUUACGUUUACACCCUUUUUAGACUCCAAAGCACUGCUGUCGUUUUUUUAAGGAUUAUUAUUUUAUAAUCCUCUGUAGGUGAGAUUUUUGAUGCCCGAACGAUGUGGAUAUUUGUUUUUCCUCUGCGUUCGGGCUGCUCGUCCACAUGCAAACAGCGUUUUAAAUAAAACUACGAUUUUUACAAACACCUUCCAAAGAGCAGACUUUCAAAAAAACUGUUUCUGUGUAUCUGUGUGUACAUGUAAUAAGUCACGUUAACACUUUGUCUGUGUCUUGAUACUGAGGGUUUUUUUUGUCUUUAUGAAACAUGACAGUGCUCUUCUAUGUCCUGGCUUCUUUUUUUUUUACCUCGGCUGACCUUCCUUUUCUGUACACUCCCGAGAGUCCAGGCGUUUUCCAGAAAGUGAAAUAUUAAAUGUUACGGUUAAUAUUUAUUGUUCUGGUAGUCUGAUUGUUUUCUGAACAUUUCAUGUCAAAUUAUAGACCAUCAUCACGAAUGCCUUGUAUGCUAACUAAGAUGCAAUAAAGCUUUGAAAUCUC